GUGAAGGUUGUCAGGUUUAAUGACUACUUUUUCAUUACGCCGUCAAUCAAUUAGUUCACCAAAAAAUACUGUUUUUUCUAAAACAGAGCUUAUGUCCUGCGUAUUUGUUCAAGCCACAGAUGCAAGGCAGUAGACAUUAUCCCAUAUUAAAUACUGAAUUAUUUCAUUGGCGGAAGGAUCAGAUCAAAAUAAAUUAACCUAGUUAUCACUUUAUUGAGCCCGAUGGUUAUUAAAUUAAAAUCAGAAAAGUGCAAUAAAUAAAGCCAAGCCAAGCGUUUCGCCGACAACAAUACGAACAAAAAGCCUGUUGCCAUUCUGUUUCAGAAUUUCGAACAGAUCUUUCUGGUAAAUGUUGUCAUUUAUCAAGACCGUCAACAGCCUGGUGCGUCGACUCCUUUGGGAUCUUUGCUUUUUCAGUAUCUCGUUCCCUUAGAUUUUAAGGCCUUAAACACGUUAUCAGGAUAAACAAGAAGUUUUCCGUCAAAAAAUGGCAAGGACGUUCGCCGAAUCAUAUUGUAGUUCCAACAGCACUUACUAUUAUCCCGCGGCGCAACAAUUCCCGACGACUAUCUACAUCUUUGCCUGUGUUGUUGGUGUGAUCCUCUCAGUUUCAUCAACGUUGGGUAACACUAUGAUCCUACUCGCUCUUCGCAAGUGUCAAUCUCUUCAUUCUCCAUCAAAAGCUUUGUUAUUUAUUUUGGCUCUGACGGAUCUUUUCGUUGGACUGAUUGUUCUUCCACUGUUUACAGUUCACUACUUGAUGAUUAUCUUAGAAAUGCCCAGUUAUUACUGCGCUAUAGCUAUCACAUAUGGAAGAACAUCAACCUUUAUUGUUGGAGUUUCCCUUCACACUAUUACUACAAUUGCUAUUGAUCGAUAUCUCGCCUUUCACCUUCGCUUGAGAUACCGUGAACUCGUGAAAUUGAGACGAGUUGUCUGCCUUCUUGUUAUAGAGUGGAUCGCAACCGCAGUUUGGUCUGGAUCCUGGUUUUUGAGCGUUCUGAUCAAUAUGUAUUCUGGGGCAGUUGGGUUGUUGAGUUGGUGCCUUAUAAUACCUUUAUGUUAUUUCAGUAUCUAUCGGAACCUUCGUCGCCAUGUUGCACAGAUUCACUGUAAUCUGAACUCCAGUGCGUCGACCGAUUUUGAUGUGGCUCAGUACAAGAAAACUGUGAAUAGCUUGUUAUGGAUUUAUGGCCUUCUUCUCGUUUGUUACAUGCCACACUUAACUUCACUCCUUGUAACACUUUUUACGGGACUCAAUCCCACUUCCCGCUUUGCAUUACAUUUAAGCAGCAUUGCAGUUUUUGCUAAUUCGUCUUUAAAUCCUAUUCUAUACUGUUGGAAGAUCAAAGAAAUAAGAGAAAUAGUUAUUGCCAAUAUAAAUGUACUUCGAAAUUUUGUAAGAUAA